CAGGGGUUGAGGGCAGCAUCCACCCAGGAGGCGAUACCUGUGAUUGAAUACACCUUUCAUGGUCAUGGACACAUUGGCGGUGUUGGACACGGGGCGGCAGGUAGCCUAGUGGUUAGAGCGUUGGGCCAGUAACCGAAAGAUUGUUGGCUCGAAUCCCCGAGCUGACAAGAUUUUACCGAUUACUUCCCGACGCUCCCUUGACGUGGAGUAGCGUCAUUGCGGAAGUAGCUAAGUCUACGUGGGGAAGGAAGGUUGGCUUGUUCGUGUUUGAACUAAACUCUGCCUAAAGCACGAUAAAUGUGCAACCUACGGAACCUACAAUAACCCUACCACGCCUCGCCAAGUCUUCAUCCAACCUCCCCGCCCGCUAGCUGAAUGGCCUUGUACCGCCAGGGCGUGUAGAUCCGAUGGGAGGGCUGGCCGGGUAGUUCCCUGUAAUGCUUCGGUGGCUGCGGCAGUCUCUUAGGCAGGUGUCUAGUCUGAUGGCCCGGAGACCAGCGCUUGUCUGCGGGGCGAUACUGCUGAGCGUCCUGCUGCUACUGGCCGUUACAUUUACCUGCAGCCGGGCUAAGAAUGUGGUUGCGUCGGCGCGUCCCCCGGUGAGGUUCUUCUCUGCCGAGGCCCCUGUAGUGGACCUGUACCUGGGCCAGCUGGAGCAGGUGGAGAGGCUGAGGGGCGCGGCAGAGGUGUCUGUCAUCUUCUUCUACGCUCCCUGGUGUGCUCACUCCAUCGCCGCUCGCCACGAGGUCCAGGAGGUCGCACGGAGGCUGGUCAAACAGGUGCAGUUUGUGGCAGUGAACUGUUGGUGGAGCCAGGGGAAAUGCAGGAAACAGAAGAGCUUCUACCAAUACCCUGUCAUCCACCUGUUCUACAAGAGGUUUGGCCCUAUAGAAUACAAAGGUCCGUUCAUGGCUUCCUAUGUAGAGAGGUUCAUCCUGAGAGUCAUCACCCCACUGACCUACCUACCAUCACGAGCCACACUACAAGACUUCCUGUCUUAUCAUGAGCCGGGGGUAGUGGGUUAUUUCCAGUUCAACUCUUCUCCUCAGCCUCCCGGCUACAUCACAUACCUCUCCUCAGCUCUGCAGGCCUUGAAGAGAGACUUCCGUGGUGCGGUGCGUUUCGGGGUGGUGACCAGUAGACAUGUGGCAGAGUCCAUCUCAGUCAGAGAUGACCAGACCGUCUACCUGCAUCGACACUUCAACUCCUCAUUGAUUUUCCCUAGUUGGGAGCGUAACUUCACCUCUGAAGGCAUCUGUUCCUGGGUCUUUGAGCACCGCGAGACCGUCCUCCAAUGGUUGGCGCCGACUGGCGCUAAGUCCCGCCUCCUGGAGCAGGAACUGACCAAAGGCCCUGCCCUCCUGCUCUUCCUGCCCCACAAUCCCCUGGGGCUCGUCCCCGACCUGCUGCUGACGCAGAUUGCAGACGUUGCGGUUCGCUACCAUUCCUGUAGCGACUCCCCUCACCACCACCACCCCUCUGACCACUCCUACUACAGUGGACCCUCCCAGCCCCUGUCCCCCCCUCUCUGCUGCCUCUCAGUGGUUCUGCCCAGGCCACACCCCCUCCUAGGCUCCACCUCCAGGGUGUGUGAGCUUUGUCUCAACCAGUCCCAGUCCAACCCGGGUCGCUCUCCCCUCUGCACCUUCCCCUCCCAGACAUCAGGUGGUGCUGCCGUGCUCCAGUCCUACCUCAGACGAUGCUGCCUACCUGUUGCUGUGACGGCAACGGCAACGACGGUUGCCUGUAGUAACAUCCUGAGUAGCUACAGCCCGUCGUCAGGUCGCUACAGUGCCUGUUGUAGAACUCUGGGACAGCUAGGGGUUUCCCUGCCCCCACAGCAGGGACUAGGGCUAGACAACAAGGUGUUAGGGACACCCACUCCCUCACCAUCCUCCUCCCAGGACCAGGAAGCAGGCGGGAUUAAAGGGCUGAGGUGUCGGACAAAUAAGACGCUCAGGUUCUACAUCCUGGACUCCGCCCUCCACUGGCCGCUGGCGGUGCGUCUCGGGGCGCUAGGCAACAACGAGAUGGGUGGCGGUGGCCUGGGGGAGUUAGGAAGGUUGCUAGGCAACAGGACCGGUGAUGGCGCACGGUCGUUUGCGACCAUCGUGAACCUGAAGGAUGAGGUGAACUACGUUCUGGACCACAGAGGAACUGCUACUGUUACAGAGUCUCUGGAGUUGUUCAUCAGGAACUUCAGCACCCCCCACAGCCCACUGCAGAGACGCCUGGUGGGGAAGAGAGAGGAGGAGGAGGAGAGGCCCCAGAAGAGACCCCUCAUAUCAGAGCUGACCACCUCCUCUUUCCUUAGUACUGUCAUGGAUCCUCACAGGGAUGUGCUGCUGUUCUACUACAGUCAGUGGUGUGGCUACUGCUCUGUUCUAAACCACGUCAUCAUCCAGCUGGCUAGAAUGUUCCAUGGAAACAGCACCGUCACCAUCGCCAGGGUGAAUGUGGCGCGUAACGACCUGCCGUGGGAGUUCAUGGUGGAUCACUUCCCCUCUGUCCUCCUCUUCCCCAGACACAGGAAACACCUGUCCGUCAAGUUCCCGGAGGACACGCCCAUCACUCUCCCCACCCUAUUACGCUUCAUCCUGAAGCACUGCGACUCCGCCCACCAGCCAAUGAAAGCAGACGGAUCAGACCCUAAACCUCAUGUUCUCCUCAAGGCGGAGUUCCGCGCUCUACAAGGAGAAGUCCAGACAUUACAUCGUGCACGCCAGCGCCUCUCCAACCAACUGGCCCAGCUAUGGCGAGACAACCGGCGGUUAUCCUUCGACGCCGUGGCCCUGGAGACCCACAAUGCACUGCUGCAGUCCCAGAAUGGCGAGCUGCAGCGUGAGAGGCUGAGCCUAGUGGAGCAACACAAGGAGAAGAGUCGUCAGUUAGGGGAGGCGGUCAGGAGACUACAGGAACUAGCAGACGCAUCAGAGAACCUUCUCACUGAGAAUACACUGCUGAGGGUUUUACUGGGAGCCCUGAGAGCCAGGGAGACAGAGACAGGGGAGGAGGAGGAGACAGGGGAGGAGGAGGAGGAGACAGGGGAGGAGAGGAGUUAUAUGGCCUCUUGACAGGGGAGGAGAAUACACUGCUGAGGGUUUUACUGGGAGCCCUGAGGUGAGGAGGAGAGGGAGGAGGAGACUGGGGAGGAGUUAUAUGGCCUCUUGACAGGGGAGGAAAAUAUACUGCUGAGGGUUUUACUGGGAGCCCUGAGGGAGGAGGAGAGGGAGGAGGAGAGGGAGGAGAAGACUGGGGAGGAGAGGAGUUAUAUGGCCUCUUGAUGGAGAAGGGGCAUGCCAUGCCAAGUAAUGCUGGUAGAACGGAAACCGAGGGAGAGGAAACAGAGCUGAUGAAUCACAGCCUCCUGUCACCCCCCCUAGAAGAAAGAGGAGGAUACUACGGGGGGCCCUGACAGAUGGCACGAGUAGAGGAGGAGGGAGACCAGAGGAAUCACAGCUUCAUAAUUCUCUCCUAGUGGAUGGAGGGAACACGACAGAGACAGCAGCUUUAUAACCAUGUACCAUAGGAUGUCCUUGGGGACCAGAGAGAGACGGGAGAGAAAGAAAGGAGAUGAUACUACAGAAAGUGCAGAGGAACAAAAUAACUGUAAAAUGUGUUGUUGAUGACGUCUUUAAGCGCCGGACUUAGAAUGUGUGGAACACUCUAGAAUGUCCCAUCAUAAUGCUAACUCUAGAAUCCAUAAGGGUUAGUGGUCCGGGAGAAGGUUCUACCCAGUGAGGUCAGAGAGAAGCGACCAGGCCCCGUCACAGAGAGACACAAAUACAUGUCAAGUGGGUAGUCGGUGACAUGGAACUAAAAUAAAUGGAAUAAGCCCAAUGGGCCGAUGAACACUAGAAAUACGUCCCAAAUGGCACCCUAUUCUCUAUGUAUUGCUAGUCUAGCUAAUAGGGUUCCGUUUGGGGCAUAACCCUAGGUGAAUUUAGUAGUGUUGUCUUCUGAAGCCUUCUCCUUGCUUUUUGGUUGGUUUUUAUUUUCCAAGGAGCACCAAGUGAUUUCUCCAUAGAGAAUGUGUAUUUUGUUUUUUGUUUCUUUUGUUAAAUUUAUCUAUUUUUACAAGAAUCGCUAAAAAAUAAGUCUAUUUCUUUGUAACGUUAAUUCAGGUAUAAAGAAGAUGCAGCUGUUUUACAUGUAAAAUAUUGCACAGAUUUUUACUGAUUUAAUAAAAUGUUGUAAUUUAA